GUUUGUUCAAUGUGUUUUUCUUCCCCAUUUGUUCUUUUUUCUUUUUUUCUUUUUCUUUUUUUUCCUUUUGUUAUUGUCCUUCUUAAAUAGCUUUUGGUAGCUUAUACUGUGAGCAUAUUUUUCUGAUUGAUUCUACCUUUUUCACUGUUGGAAUUGGAUUAUUUUGACAAUGGUUUCUUCAUAUUACGGCUUUUGUUUAUGUUGAUCUGAUGAUUCUUCUUCGUAGAGCUCUUUUCCUAUUGCGGCAGAAGGCCUUUACUCCGCAAAGUUUAUUGGGUUUUUCUCUUGUGAUAUUUCUAUUGUUUGUUAUUGGAUGCACUGCAAGGCCUAUUUAUCCACUUCCUAGUCAAGAUGAUUAUAGAAUUCGGCAGCCUCUACAAACUUUCCGGCCAUACAACAUUGCGCACCGAGGCGCAAAUGGAGUGAUUCCUGAAGAAACUCGUCCUGCAUACUUGAAAGCUAUUGAAGAUGGUGCAGACUUCAUUGAAACUGAUAUCUUAUCUUCCAAAGAUGGUGUUCUUAUAUGUUUCCACGAUGUUACCCUUGAUAAUACCACUGACAUUGCGAAGUACAAAAAGUUUGAAAAUCGUAAAAGGACAUACGAAGUCGAAGGGGUCAACCGCACUGGAUUUUUUACUGUUGAUUUCACAAUUGAGGAAUUAAAGUCAUUAAGGGUGAAUCAGAGGUAUAGCUUCAGGGAUAAACAGUAUAAUGGAAAAUUUGGAAUCAUCACUUUCGAAGAGUUCAUUUCCAUUGCAUUGGAUGCAGAUAGAGUUGUUGGAAUAUAUCCAGAGAUAAAGAAUCCAGUUUUUAUCAAUCAGCAUGUGAAAUGGCCAAAUGGCAAAAGAUUUGAAGACAUAUUUGUCAAGACACUUCAGAAAUAUGGAUACAAGGGUUCAUACUUGUCAAAAGACUGGCUAAAACAACCUGUAUUUAUUCAGUCAUUUGCUCCAACAUCACUUGUGUAUAUAUCAAAUCAAACGGAUUUGCCCAAGGUUUUCUUAAUUGAUGAUGUUACUGUUUCGACGCAAGACACUAAUCAGUCAUAUUGGGAAAUCACAUCCGAUAAAUACCUAAACUACAUAAAGAAUUACGUUGUUGGAAUUGGACCUUGGAAGGACACAAUAGUACCUGUGGCAAAGAAUUAUUUGGAAGAGCCUAGUGAUCUUGUUGCCAGGGCACAUGCUCAUAACCUUCAGGUGCAUCCAUAUACUUACCGAAAUGAGAACCAGUUUUUGCACUUCAACUUUAGUCAAGAUCCUUAUAAAGAGUAUGAUUAUUGGAUCAACAAAAUAGGAGUUGAUGGCCUCUUCACAGAUUUCACAGGAAGUCUUCACAAUUUUCAGGAAUGGACCUCCAGUGAUACAAAGACUGAAUCCAAUAUAUUGCAUAAAAUUGCUCUUUUGGUCUCUCCUUAUAAUAACUAAGAAUUGUGGAAAUUGAAAUUGCUGUACUAGUGUCUGAAUUUGCUUA